ACCGAGUUAUGUCGAGUUCCCGGACUCGACUCGCCUCGACUCCCUCUGCAGAAACACUAGACUGACAUCCGCCCUUCAUCAGUCCAGCAUCACGUGGCAGCCCUCAUCCUAUUAUGCCUCCCCCAGUCGUUUGCUGUGUUUGCUGUGCCCACUCUCUUCCUUCCCCUGGUCCUCCCCGCCAGCCCUUCUAGCCGCACCGGCCAGCACCGCCGCCUGCUUGCUCUCGACCGCCAUGGCGGAAAAGGACGCCACCGCGAGGCUCCGGCGAGCCGUGAAGGAGAACAAUCUGUUCCUCGUCAAACGUCUCAUCAAGAGGACCGACAUGCGCAAUCCUGACCCACUGAACAAGCGGUACACAUCACUGGCCUGGGCGGCCGUCCUCGGACACGAGGAGACAUUUGAGUUCCUGUUGACUAGCGGUCAUGAUGACCACGAGUACAGCAAGGACACAGACAACAACACUAUACUGAUCCUGCUGGCCGACGCGAAGCCUCCCAUUACAACCCCAUACGGUUCGACCCAGAGUGAACAGGAUUUCCUCAGUGCAACCCUGCGUAUGGCGCGCCUCUACUACGACCGGUACCCGGACAUUCUAGACUGGGCGAAUAUGGAAGGAAAGACAGCGCUGCAUGUUGCGGCGUUGAAGGGGAAGGAGGAGCUCGUCCGAAUGCUCUGCGAUUUCGGGGCAGACGUCGAUCUCGCGGAUAACGAGGGAAACGCGCCCCUGCAUUAUGCAAGCGCUUGGGGCCAUAUCCCAAUUGUGCAGCUUCUUAUCGAGCGUGGGUGCCAGUACUCUGCUCGCAAUAACGAGGGUUUCACACCAUCGGACUAUGCUUACUCAACAAGCACCAGGGACACCUUGCAGGACACCGCGCGGACGCAGUUCGAACUGAACAAGAAGGCUCGCAGGAAUGUCUUCGCGCAAGCUGCUGCAAGAGGGACCGAAUGGGGUGCGACCCCAGAUCCCAUAAUGGGACCCCCGCCCAAAGCAUACUUCAUAAACGGCUCGCGCAUGCGGAGCGGCUCCGGUACAAGUCGAACAACGAACACCUCCGACAGCGGUGAUAUGAUUGAUGCAGCCUACUCCUCCCGCAGCCAUCUCUCGCCAGUCUCUUCAUUAUCUCCUCCCCGCCGCCCCACACAACUCCCAUCUGGAUCCCACUCACCAGCUCAACCAUCCGCAAGCUCGUCCAGCAGCACCCCCUUUUCCACUACGUCACCUUCGGCGCAAUCUCACCUUAACCCUUCCAUGUCCAACAACCCCGCGUCAGCACUAUCUCCCAUAGCUACGCGCAUGCGAGAGCGCGACGCCGAUGCCAUGGAGAAGUACAAACUGCGACAACGUAGUGGAAGCGGCGCUACGGCUUCGACAGAUAAUCAGUCCACCAAUGGGUCGGCACCAACGCCUGAGGACCGUGCACAGCCGCUGAUAACAGUGGGCUCUGUUGCGCCCCGCCGUCGGUUACGACCAUCAGCUUCUGCAGCCCAGCUUCGUACCACUCCCCAACCACCCCCGAUCAGCCCGAACCCAUCCAUCUCGCAGCAAGAAAUGGCUCGACAUCGAUCGGGAACUAGUCCUGCUACGAUUCCCGCGUCGCCGACUACGCAGGACCCAUUAUCAUUAGCAACACCGACUCAAAGCUCGUCGAGGCCGCCCUUGCGCAGGCGCGAGGACGGCAACACAGGUGGAUAUACUGGACCUCCAUCUCAAUAUGCCGACUUCCCCGCUCCACCUGUCUCCGACGACCCCAUUGAGCGCACACGCACGAUCACUCCCACCACCGCAACUGGCCCCGCGCUGUCGUAUUCGCGGCGGCUGCCCUUCAACCUUCUUUCGUCUCACAAGUCAAGCACGGAUUCGACCGCAGGCGGUCACCGGCGAAACGCGUCUGUCAAUGCUGCUAUCAGAUAGGGGCCGUAUAAUCGGCUCUAAUGAGCUGUACUUGUUCUUGAACACUCCUCCUGGUCUGUACGCCACACAUGUCCCUUGUAGUCGACUUUGCUUCCGUCUCUCGCUGUGCAACUAUCCACGCUUCAUCCGUCUGGGCUCGUGCAUGCAUUGGUUUCCACUACGCAGAGAAUGCAAUUAUCUUAUUUGACACUGUA